GUUAUCAAGUCUGCUGUAUAUAUACAUAUCCAUUGGUUCAUUUAUUUCUAGUCUUUUCUAUUAUCACUUCUAGCUUUUCACAUCUCACAUAUACAUCACUCUUUGGGGAAAAAGAAGGAACAAACAUGUAUAAGGUAGCAAAAGCAUCAGAAUGUCUGGCCAUCACAGGCGUUGGAAUCAAUGACAUAAAGCUGGCAAAGAAAUCAUGGAUCCUCCCCGGCCAAUCCUGCACCGUUGUUGACCUCACUCCGGUGAACUACACCUUCGAGGUCCAAGCCAUGAGCGCCGAGAAGCUCCCUUUUAACCUCCCGGCCGUCUUCACAAUCGGCCCCAGGGUCGAUGAUGAUGAAAGCCUCCUCAAAUAUGCCAAGCUCAUCUCCAAACAUGACAAGCUCUCCAACCACAUCAAUGAGCUCGUCCAGGGCAUCAUCGAGGGCGAGACACGUGUUCUCGCCGCCUCAAUGACUAUGGAGGAGGUUUUCAAAGGUACAAAAGAGUUCAAGAAGGAAGUGUUCGGGAAGGUGCAGCUCGAGCUAAACCAAUUCGGCCUUCUCAUCUACAAUGCCAACGUGAAGCAACUCGUGGAUGUCCGUGGUCAUGAGUACUUCUCUUACUUGGGCCAGAAGACACAAAUGGAGGCCGCAAACCAAGCUAAGGUGGAUGUGGCUGAAGCGAGGAUGAAAGGGGAGGUAGGGGCGAAGUUGAGGGAUGGGCAAACACUUCAAAAUGCGGCAAAGAUUGAUGCGGAGACAAAGAUCAUAGCAACACAGAGGCAAGGGGAGGGGCAGAAGGAGGAGAUAAAGGUGAGGACAGAGGUGAAGGUGUAUGAGAAUCAAAAGGAGGCUGACGUGGCACAGGCUAACUCUGAGCUUGCUAAGAAGAAGGCUGCAUGGGCGCAAACGGCCCAAGUGGCAGAGGUGGAGGCCGCAAAGGCGGUGGCGCUCAGGGAGGCAGAGUUGCAAGGGGAGGUGGAGAGGAUGAAUGCUGUCACGAGGACUGAGAAGCUUAAGGCUGAUUUCCUCACCAAGGCAAGCGUGGAGUAUGAAACCAAGGUACAAGAGGCCAAUUGGGAUCUAUACAAGAAACAAAAAUCAGCUGAAGCAAUUCUGUUUGAGAAGCAGAAAGAGGCAGAAGCACAGAAAGCAUUAGCAGAAGCAGCAUUUUACACUCGCCGGCAAGCAGCAGAAGCAGAGUUAGUCUCAAAGAAAAAAGAGGCAGAGGGGCUUAUAGCAAUUGGUCAAGCCCAAGCAGCAUAUCUAAAGUCACUUCUGGAUGCACUGGGUGGAAGCUAUGCAGCUCUAAGAGACUACUUGAUGAUAAAUGGUGGCAUGUUUCAAGAACUUGCAAAAAUCAAUGCUGAGGGAAUUCGCGGACUUCAGCCCAAGAUUAGUAUUUGGAAUAAUGGUAAUGGUGGUGGAGAAAUCGCUGAUGGAAAUGGUGUCAUUGGUAUGAAUGAGGUUGCUGGUGUCUACAAGAUGUUGCCACCUCUAUUCAAGACAGUUCAUGAGCAAACUGGUAUGCUGCCACCAGCUUGGAUGGGAACCUUUUCUGACAAAACUUCUUAGCCUCUCCUCUCCCACAUUUUGGUUUUAAUAAUGAAUUAAUGAUCAUAAUCAUUUUAUAGUUAGCCCUAAGAGUGAACUAUCUUAGGUGUCAUAAAGAGAAGAGUGUAGCGGCAAAGAACCUUGUUGAAAAGUUUGAUCAAGAGGGGUUACCUUCUGGGAAAGUUGCUGCAAUGUUUAACAUUGGAAGCUCAUCCUUUUCUAUUUAUGUUCCUCCUCCUCCUUAAAUUUUCAUUUAUGUUCCUGUCUGGACUUUGGUUUCUGCAUUCAUUCUUUCUUAUUCUUCCAACUCUGCAAAUUUUCAAGAUGCUUCUUCUACCUCAACUUUUUUCCUUUUCCUUCUCAGUUAUCUCCAUCUUCAAUUUUUUUUGUUUUUCUAUUUUCCAACACUGAAUUUCCAGUGCCUGUAUGAGAUAGUGUCAAUUGUCAGUUAAAACUAUCUUGCCUCAAAUAAAAUAACACUGUAAAUUGAAUGUAGCCAAGGCAUUCAUCUGAACAAGUAGCAAGUAUCCUAAACAUUGCAGUACACAUCUCUCUUGGUCAAUUUAUCAAACAUGUUCUGGGCGAUGGACCUAAAUAUAUCAACAAGACCCAGUAAAUCAGUAAUCAACCCAAGGUUGCAGAUUUGGUUGUCAAGCUGAUUCACUUGGGGGACAGAUCACCGAACAAUUAUUUUUGUAAGAAAACAUGGAAUCACAGGAUAGCAAUCUCAAGAUUCAAGACAUUGUUCAAGUGAACACUAAAUUCAAAGAUAAAUUAAUUGAACUUGAAACAAAUUGCUGGAAAA